GCUGGUGAGGUAGCCAAAGCUGCCGAAGAUCUAGCUACAAAGUUGGCUGUGACAGUCGCCGAGUUACAAGAGAGAAAGGAUGAAUCUGAUCAAGUUCACGAUUUACUUGUCACCCGAGCUGAAGGAGGUGCAGAACGGAUCCUCUUACUCGAAUACCGUAUAGCAGAGAUGGAGGACGAUUUCGAAUCAAAUCAAUCAGAGCUCCAAUACCUUCGGAUCCAGCUUAAGGCAAUUGAAGCUCAAGCUCAAUAUAACCUACCUCGGAAUGGUGAUCCGGAGCUUGUACAGGCCAUUAGGAAUUGGAAGAUUGAUUGGGAAAACAUUGAUCGCAGGUCGAAAGCACGAAGGAAGAAA